GUCUUUGGGCCAAAAUGCAAGGUGCAACAAUUAAAAUUGACAACGAAGCAGAGAGGGUCAUUGUCAAAACUUACAUUUAUGACAUGGAUGAGCGAGCAAUCCUCUCAGAAAUUGCAUCAUUGAGAUGCUUGGACUACAUGAACUUGGCCUCAUUCCUGGGAAUGACAAGGAUCAAGGCCACAGAAAGUAGCCGAUGUCAAACGGUGGACACACAAAAUAUGGUGGACAAAGUUUCUGCUUUUAUUUUCAAGGGUGACCUGGUUUCUGCCAACGUUUUUUCUAGAAGAAAGAUGACCAACAUGCAACUGUUUGUGCCUGACCUGGUUCACAAUCUGUUGCAAGGCCUCAACUUCAUCCAUCGUGAGGGCCUAGUUCACAUGGAGCUUAAUCUGGACACCGUCAUGGUGGAGCGACUAACUGGCAAUGUGAAGUUGUGCCAGAUGUGUAAGCCUCGUGAGGCCAGAUUUCCCACCAGCCUCAGCACAGUCACACGGACUUGUGUCUGCUUGUCCCCAAAUGUCCUGCAGGGACAUGAGUAUGAAAGUACAGACGAUAUCUACGCAUUUGGACUCUUGCUGUGGGAGCUUCUGUUUCCUAAUCAGCUACCUUACAGAGAACAGCGGGUCUGGCCACUGAGAAGAUUCAUCGACGAGUGUCACCCAACUAACAUGCUGCAAGAUGACCUCAUGAAACUGGAUGUGUCCGAGUCUGUCCUGGAAGUCUUGAAAGGGACACUACUAGUGACCAGGAAGACCAUCUGCAUGCCCAUCGCAACACAUUCUCCUAGCAUUAAAUGUGUAAACAUUUCCAGUAACAGUAAUACUGGACAACAUGUUAGAGUCACAGUUUGUUGGA